AUGACGAGUGAGAAAGAUGUCGACGGUGGAGUUACUUAUCUGUUUACAGACAUCUGCGGAGACUCACCAUUCUGGACCCCGGAAGUCCUAGGCUCCGCCGAACCCAAGUUUACAGCGUGCUUCCAGACCACAGUCCUACAAUGGCUGCCCUUCAUCUGGCUUUGCCUCAUAUUUCCUAUAUAUGUUGUCGUCAUCUUCCGGCGUCCACCGGAAGUCCGUCUACCCCUGACUUCCUUCAGCAUUGCAAAAUCGGUGAUAUGCCUGGUCCUCGUGAUACUGACUAUUGCGCAGGCGCUGUCAGUGAACCAGAACGGUCCAGGCUGUGACCGACGAACCGUAACGAGUACAUCAUACUACCUUGGUUACGGUCUAGCUUGUGCCUCAUUUCUUCACUGCUCCAACAGUAACGUUGUGUACCAUAUCUUCUACUUCGUCAUGUUACUGGUCCAGACAAUUCUCCACAGCUUCGCGGAUAAGCGUUCCUUACGGGAGUACGAAAACGAGCAACGUUGCCCGGAUGUUGACGUAUCGUCAUUGGGUAAUCUAGUGUAUUCCUGGAUGACGCCAACCGUAAUCAAAGCCUACAAAAAGAAAAUGACUUUGUACGACCUCUGGACCCAGACAGAACGAUUGAAAUGCAACAACACAGUGAGGGAACUUCAGUUAACAUGGAACAAGGAGCUGAAGAUGAAGGCGGACUUACAAAGUAAAGAAAAACAAACAAAACGACAGAUUCAUCGAAAAAGCGGCUUCCAAAAUGGUCACGUAACAGGAGAAGAAACGCCUUUGUUAAUCUCCGGAUCUGACGGGAAAGGCCCACAUGGGUUCGAUCAUGAGGAUAUCCCGAAACCGUCCUUGUAUAAAACCUUAUUCAAAACGUACGGAUGGUUUUGGCUGCAGAGUAAUUUUCUAAAGUGUAUAUCCGAUCUCUGUCUGCUUUCACAGCCGAUUUUACUCAAUAAGAUUAUAACCUACGUUGGAAACAAAGGAGAGCCAGGCUUCCCGAUAUGGAAUGGUGUGUUAUUGGCCUUUCUUUUCUUCGCUGCAUCGCAGUGUAACACUCUUAUAUAUAACGCUAGCCUACAUCUAGUGCUUACACUCGCUCUCAGGAUUAAAGGCGCUUUGAUCGGAAUUAUUUACAGGAAGGCAUUGAUAAUGGGGCAAAGUGUAAAAAAGGACUACACCGUGGGUCAGAUUGUGAAUCUGAUGUCUGUGGACUGUCAGCGAAUCCAGGAUUCUGUUGUGUUUUUCAACUAUAUGAUACCAUUCUUCACAUCCCUGGCGGUCUGUCUGUACGAGAUAUGGGACGCCGUAGAAGAAAGUCUACCUUUUUGUUUAGUGAUUGUAUUUCUAUUCAUAGGACUGAAUAUAACAUUCGGUAGAUUUCAGCAGCGGUACCAACUUGGACUACUUCAAAACAAAAGUGCGAGGAUGAAACUGUUUAACGAAGUUCUAGGGGGAAUCAAGGUACUGAAGAUGUAUGCCUGGGAGACCAUAUUUGGUAAUAAGCUGAUGAGUAUAAGAGAUACAGAAAUCGGAUUUCUUAAGAAGUAUGCCAUCGUUACGUCCUUUACUGUGACUCUCGCAAUACAGAAUCCUUUUCUGCUGUCAUUGAUGGUUUUCCUUAGCUACGUCAUUGCCAAACCGUCCAUACAUUUAGAUGCAGCAACAGCGUUCCAAGUGCUAUCUGUCGUCAACUUCCUACGGUACACCAUAGCCUUCGUACCAUACGUCAUAACGGCUAUUAUACAGAGCCGGGUUUCUAUAGGAAGAAUACAGAAAUUUCUAUGGGCCGAGGAUCUUAACACAGACAAUCACCUCUCUAUUUUCAACACAGAUCAUGCUAUUUCUGUCGAUAAUGCGUCGUUUACAUGGGACCCAGAGUCUCCUGUAUCAACUCUUCGCAAUAUCGACAUGAAGGUAAAUGAAGGCGAAUUGGUAGCUGUGGUGGGUCUGGUGGGAUCUGGCAAAUCAUCGCUUCUCUCUGCUUUACUAGGAGAGAUGUCUAGAAUACAAGGUCGUGUCAAGCUCAAGGGUACAACGGCGUACGUACCCCAAGAGGCCUGGAUCCAGAACAUGACUCUAAAGGACAACAUCCUGUAUGGAAGUCAAUACCGGUACAGGCGAUAUAGGAAAGUCAUCAAGGCGUGUCAGCUACUACCCGACCUGGGAAUAUUGUCGGCCGGGGACCAGACGGAAAUAGGCCAGAGGGGCAUAAACUUGAGCGGUGGUCAGAAACAGAGGGUCAGCUUAGCCAGAGCUGUUUAUAGUAACUCCAAUAUAUACUUAUUUGACGAUCCACUCAGUGCAGUCGACAGUCACGUGGGCAAGGCUAUUUUUGACAAGGUGGUCAGUAACGACGGGCUGCUGAAAGGAAAGACAAGGAUUCUGGUAACCCACGGGAUUCACUGGCUACCAAAGGUGGACAAAAUCAUUGUAAUGAACAACGGUCGGAUUUCAGAAGUCGGGAGUUACGAACAACUGCUUGAAAAUAAUGGCGCCUUUGCUCAAUUUUUAAGAACCUUCUUACUUAAAGCAGAUUCGGACGACGAGUCCGACGAGGAAGUGCAGUUGAUCAAGGAACACAUCCGUGAGCGGAUGGAGCAGGUAACAUCAGAUGGUUUCACGUCCGAUGACAACAUAGACGGGUUACGGAAAUGUCACAAGAAAUCUUCCAGGAAGCGGACUAUUAGUACCACGUCCGCUGCUACAGUAGAAUCUUUCAUGUCUCUUUCGCAAUCGUUUCCCAAGUGUGACGACGAACAAAGAUUUACAUCCGGGCGUCUCAUUACAGAGGAAACAACAAAAGAAGGAGUGGUGAGCUGGCGAGUGUACUUUGCCUAUAUGAAAGCUAUGGGAGUAGGCACCACGUUAUUGGCAUUCUCGAUGUUAGCGAUAUCGCAUGCCCUAGGAGCUUUGCUCAAUUUCUGGAUAGAUUUUUGGACGACAGACGUUGAUGUUGACCAGGGAUAUAAUAUCACAACAAACUCAACAUUGUACAUGCAUAAUGAUCCUGAUUACACGGAGAAAAACGUUUACUACCUUACUUCGUAUUUCAUCAUUGGUCUUUCUCAAGGGCUUGCCAUGUUCCUAUUCACUAUACUGUAUUUACUCCGAAUGGUAAGGGCAAGUGGAAAAUUCCACUCCUCCAUGCUUGAGUGCAUUCUGCGGUCACCAAUGUCGUUCUACGACACCACACCUACUGGUAGAAUUCUCAAUCGAUUCUCAAGUGACCUUGACGUCAUUGAUGACCGACUCCCGCGGACAUUCAGACUUCUCCUCUACUUCUCCUGUAACUUACUCGUGACUUUCAUCGUCAUUGGGAUGCAGACACCGGAGUUCCUGAUAGCCAUCCUCCCGUCCGGUGUCGUCUUCAUCGUCCUCCUGAAAUUUUACCUACCGACUGCACGGCAACUGAAGAGGAUAGAAUCAGUAACACGAUCUCCCGUAUAUAACCACUUCGGUGAGACGAUCACGGGAGCCAGUGUGAUUAGGGCGUACGGGUCUGUCGAUAGGUUUAUACAGGAAUCAGAGAGACGGGUCGACACCAACCUGUCCUUCUACCACGCUGCCAAUGGGGCUUCAAGAUGGAUUGGGAUAUCUUCUGAAUCUAUCAGUAAUCUUCUUACUCUAGUUGCGGCCUUAUUUACGGUAUUAUCACCGACGGUUUCCGGGAGCGAUGCAGGUCUGUCACUGACCUAUGCUUCACAGAUUGUAGUUGGUAUUGCGGUCUGUGUGUACAGUGUUAGUGAGAUGGAGAUGAAUAUCGUAUCAGCCGAGAGAGUGGAAGAGUAUACAAAACUCGACUCCGAGGCUGAGUGGAAGAACCCUGAUCAUCAUUCACACGACACCUGGCCUGACGACGGUACAGUCCGAUUUAAGGACUACACGACCAGGUACCGCCCCGGCCUGGAAUUGGUCCUUAACGGCGUUAACUGUGAAAUAUACAGCGGCGAGAAGGUUGGUAUCGUAGGACGAACAGGAGCCGGAAAGUCCUCCCUUGUCCUGGCUCUCUUCCGUCUAACUGAAGCAGCCUCCGGUAGUAUCACCAUAGACCAAAGAAGAAUAGCUGACCUUGGGCUUCACGACAUUAGGCCUCGUAUUACCAUAUUACCCCAGGAUCCCGUGAUAUUUUCCGACACCAUCAGAUCAAAUUUGGAUCCCUUCAAUCGGUUUUCGGACGAGGCUAUUUGGAGAGCGUUGGAGAGUGCCCAUCUCAAACAGUUUAUAUCUGAACAGAGAGACAAAAUCUAUCACCAGUGUGGGGAGGACGGUUUAAACUUAAGUGUUGGACAGCGACAACUAGUCUGUCUGGGCCGAGCUUUGCUCCACAAGAACAAAAUCCUGAUUCUGGAUGAGGCGACUGCAGCCGUUGACAUGGAGACGGAUGAGUUGAUACAGCAGACAAUUAAAUCGGAAUUCGAAGACUGCACUGUCCUAACUAUCGCCCAUAGGCUUAACACCAUCAUGGACUAUGACAGAGUGAUGGUGCUGGACAAGGGCCUGGUGGUGGAGUUUGAUCGUCCCCAGAACUUAUUGGAAGACAAGGGGACAGUGUUCUACGGUAUGGCGAAGGACGCCGAUCUAGUGGACUGGUUUGAUACGGAAAACAAGCAAAGAUAGAUGGGUUACUAAAAAUAGAAAUACCACGAGCAAACUGAGGAAAGCAGAGAUAGACAGAUCACCAAAAUAGAGCGAACAGUGAUAUUGGAAGUCAAAGUGUCACGGCUAGAACCGAAGUCAGCAAGAUAGAAGGGUUAAUACCACAAAAGGAACGCAGGCAAGCUGUGAUGGACGGGUCAUUACAGAUUUACCACGACCGAAAAGGACUCGCAAAGAUAAAAGGAUCACUAAAAUAGAAUUAACACCACCGAACAGAGACUCACAAAGAUCGAAUGAUCACAGCAAUAGAAUAUCAUAAUUAAAAAAAAAAACAAAAAAAAUCAAUAAAUAAAAACAGAUGAUCAUUGAAAUGAAACUAUGAUCAUCAGCACGUUGUUUCCCAUAGAUUUGAUGUUGUACUGUUAUAAAAAACUUAACUUUUAGAAUUACUUUAUCGGUUAUUAAUAGAUCAUACAAACUCUCGUCGAGACUGUAAGUGUGUAUUGUGUGCAUUCAGACAAUUGUUCGUUCUUCUUCAUUGUAAUAGUAUUAAUCAGUGUCAUAUCUAUCUAUUCACAAGCUUUCGAAUCAUAUGUUAUCAUGUGUUAUUGCAUGAUCAUCAUUAAGGU